AUGUCGUCAGUCUCGCUUGUCCCUCGAGUGGAGCAGGACAUUAAGGCGAGCAUGGAUAGCCUGCAGCUGAACUUCGGUUUGGACGCCAAGGUGGUCGCAGAAGUGCUCGGCACUGGGAUCCGCCACCUCGAGGAGUUUCGCUUCUUAUUCGAGAACGAGGCGGCGAUAGGUACCUGGGUGGGGAAGUUGGGGCUAGGGGACGCCACUAUGUUGCAGACCGCCCGCCUCCGUAGGGCGUGGAAGGCAACAUGCACAUACUACACCCAGGCGGAGCAAGACCGCUCUAAGGUUGCCUUGGCCGACCUCGACUCGAUGUUGGCGGACUCCGAACUUCGCACGCUGAAAGAAGCCUUUUGGAUUCGCUACAAGUUGCGCUUUCCUGCCGAAGUGCAACCCUCCGACGCAACAGUCUCCCGCAUCUCUCGGGAACUUUCCAAAAGGAUGCUUUGUAUAUAUGACGUAUGGCGAGUGCGAUCCCUACAAUUCCAGUUAGGCACCUCACAAAAGCGGCGCAAGCUGGCUGAUGGCCUCUAUACCGACGAGCCCGAAGUCGACGAGGUCGUUGCUCGGGAUGUGGACACAUAUCUUCACAAGCUCCACACGCUUAUGAUCGCAUACGCGCUCAACGGGGUGCAGGUGAUCGCGGGAGGGGACCCGGCGGGAGAGAAAGCGCUGGGCGCCAACUCUUGCCAGUUCGUCGAGGCCGCCAUGCAAGUCGCUCCCGCGCAGCGGCUGAGCUGGCUUCAGCAUCGUGAUGCCGAGGAGCGAGCUGAGUGGGUUAUGGAAGCACGUGACGCCCACUGGUUGGCGCCAGCGCUGCCGGAGGGAGUGCCAGUCGCUCCGAAGCCCCAGCCAGUGACCGCUGAGCCAACCAAGUCUUUGUUCGUCCCGGGACCCAUGGUGGGAGGCAAGCCCACAGCUCGUGUGAUGAAAGAUGGCACCAAGCUUUGCGGUGACUACCAGAAAGGGUCCUGCAAGCACGCACCUCCGUGCCCGAAUGGGGCCCAUCGCUGCGCCGUGGUUCUCCGGGCCGAGCGCGUCUGUGGUGCGCCCAACCAUGGGGCAGCGAAGUGCAAGGCCAAGGCGAAAGCGAGGAGUUCGUGA